ACGAACGAGAGCGAGCAUGGCGAAGCUUCGGGAGUCGUCGUCUUUCUCCACCGCCCUUCCCCCAACGUCCAUGGCCUCCGCCGCCGCAUCGCCGGAGAGCUCCGCCGCGUACGAUUUCGAAUGGGGCCCGUCUCCGGCGAGCUCCGCCGCGUCCCCGGCCCGGAUCACCGCCGACCUCAGCCCCCCUCUGAUCGCCAUGGUCGCCGUCGUGGGCACCGCCUUCCUCAUCGUCCUCUACGCCCGCAUCCUCUCCCACCACCUCCGCCGCCUCCUCCGCCGCUGGAGGCGGUGGCGGCGGCGCCAUCUCUACGGCUCCUCCUCCGACUACUACUACUUCGCCUCUCCCUACGGCCUCGACGACACGGCGAUUAGGGCGCUCCCCAUCUCCCUCUUCUCCAAAUCGAAGGCGAAGCACCUCGCGGCGACGAACCGGGAGUGCGCGGUGUGCCUCCUCGAGUUCGAGGACGACGACCCGCUCCGCACGCUCCCCUUCUGCUCCCACGCCUUCCACGCGGACUGCAUCGACGUGUGGCUCCGGUCGCACGCCACGUGCCCCCUCUGCCGCGCCUCCGCGGUGCGGCCCCCGGACUCCCCCUUCGUCCCCAUGCGCGCCGCGCGGAUCCGCCCCAGCCUCGACGAUCUCGUGCUCUUCCAGAUCGCCGCCGCGUCCCCGCCGUCGAUCCGCGGCGCUGCGCGCGACUUCCUGCUGAAGCGCUCCUACUCCUUCGGGUUCGAGCGGAGCCUCGCGGCGGAGCGUAUGGUGCUCGACGCGUCCACGGCGUCGCCGUGGCGCUACCGCCACCGCAGCUUCUGGAGCAAGCGCUGGCCCUCGCCCUUCGGGAGCGGCGGGGCCUCCUCCGCGCCGCGCGCCGCGAGGGUCUUCUCCUUCCGCUCCUACCGCUUCGCCGCCGCCGCCGGGAAGUCGCCGUUCUCGCGGCGGCGCGGCGGCUUCUUCCCCCUGGCGUCGGAGCCAAGCGCGCGGCUCGGCGGCGCGGGGCCGUCGUCGCGGCGGAGCCGCUCGAUGACGAGCCCCUCGGCGAUAUUCGCGAGGCCACCGGGCGCGGCGGCGGCGGCGCUGGGGUUUGGGUUCUCGUCGAGCCGGAUGAGGUGCGGGGAUCCCGAGGCGUUGCUGUCGCCGGAGAGGUUGAACCGGGGAUAGGAGGUCGACGGCAUGACGAGCUCACCGGGAAUCACCGGUGGCAGAGCCGCAGGGGGAGAGGAUAGGAUAGGGGCGGGAGGGGCGCGGGGGCCAGCGUCCCUGCUCCCCGCCUUAAUGGCGGGUCGCAUGCGAGAAUUUAAUGUGGUGCCGGUGUCUUUAAUGAGGCGCAUGAAGAAGAGAGAGAUAGAGAGAGAGGGGUCGACCUUUUUCAAACGCUCGUUUCUAUAAGCUCUCUUCGGUUGGUGGGACUCAUUAAUUGGGGCUUCUUUUUUUUUUUUUUUUUUAUCGAAAGGGCGUGGAUAGCGGGAAAGCUUGAAACAGAUGGAUGAAUCUAACGUCGUGUUGCUCUUUCCCUCC